AUGGCAUCAACUCCGAUCACAAUCCUCAUAGCCACCCUGGGCCAAUACGUCUCUCCCAGCCAAGAAAUGCUCGACCGCUACGGCGGCAACGAAAACAUCCAGAACAUGAUCGCACGCAGCGUCCAGCAAGCCAACUCCUCCGGCUGCAAAAUCACAACCAUUGCGCUGGAUCCGAGCGAUCAUUCGGACAGCAUCGAGCGCUUGACCGAGAUGCUGAAAGGAACAUCUUUUCAAGGGAUCAUGGUUAUCUAUGGUCUUCGAGCUGAUCAGGAGUAUACGCCACUGUUCGAGAAGGUCAUCAAUACGGUUAAAGAUCUCUGGCCGACGACGAGGCUGCUGUUCAAUAAUGGGCCAGAUGACUUGAUGAAGACGUUUGAGCGAGGCCUCUCUGUUCGAAUGUCAUAG